GAAGAUGCCGCUGAGGCAUUCGGCGUCAUGCUCACGCUGCACAAGUCAGAGCCGGAGAUGUACACGGACACUUUCAUCGCCGCCCUCGUCGCCAAUCUUCUGGGCGUCGGGACAGAGACGACGUCCACCACGACCGAAUGGGCCAUGGCGCUCCUGCUCAACCACCCGGCGGUGCUCAACAAGGCGCAGGCCGAGAUCGACGCGCGCCUCGGCGCCGACCCCGGCCGCCUCCUCGACAAGACCGACCUGCCCCACCUCCCCUACCUCCACUGCGUCAUCACCGAGACGCUCCGCCUGCGCCCCGCCGCGCCGUUGCUGCUGCCGCACGAGGCCGCCGCCGACUGCAAGCUCCACGGCUACGACGUCGCCGCGGGCACCAUCGUGCUCGUCAACGCACACGUCAUCAACCGCGACCCGGCCACGUGGGGCCCGGCGCCGGACGAGUUCAGGCCAGAGAGGUUCGAGCACGGCGCCGCGGACGGGAAGCUCAUGAUAUCCUUCGGGAUGGGCCGCCGCAAGUGCCCCGGGGAGAGCCUCGCCAUGAGGACCAUGGGCCUGGUUCUUGGCACGCUCAUCCAGCGCUUCGACUGGAAAAGGGUUGGGGAUGAAGACGUCGACAUGGCCGCCAGCUCUGGCACCGUCAUGCUCCAGACUCACCCUCUCGAAGCCCUAUGCACACCGCGACCAGGCUUGCAUGCGCUCCUUCACCACAUCUGAACAAGCUAGAAAUGCUACUGUAAAAGGAAUUAUAAAAAUAAGGGAAAAUUUGCUACA